GAUGGUUUGUUACAUGUGAACAGGCUGUGUCAUAGACUAUUGAGCAAGCAUUUGACGCUGGACGAAUAUGAUGCCAUGUUCAGAGAGGCUACUCACAACGUUUUUCUUCCUAUGUACCUUACACGUUUUUUAGGAGCUUAAUUACGACUUUUUACCAAAUUAUUGCUACAAUGCGGCAACUAACAGGUUUGUGAAAUGCCGUGGAAUCACGUUUACCAACCCUGUUCAUAGAGACAAGCCUCCACAAAUGGGCCAUGCUUAUCUCUGGGGCAGCAAAUAAUUGAAUCUUGCUUAUUAACAAUUUAUAGUCAAUUCACAGGUUUCGUUGGCCCUUGCCACAUGCGCCAUGUGUGUAGAUUAUUAGGUUACCAAGGCAUCGCAGUAGUGAUGGAAGAGCUCCUCAAAAUCGUCAAAUUACUCAUCCAAGGAAACCUCCUUCAGUUCACAAAGACUUUGAUGGAAGCAAUGCCCAAAACACGCAAGCUUCCACGAUACAACUAUGGAUCUCCAGAACCUCAAACGGAUGGUGGACUGAAUCCGCAGGUUCCAGGUGCUGAACUCUCAGAUAUUCGCUACGUUAAACAAGUACCUGAAAUCAAGCGAACACGAUAGUUCCUUAGUUGAACAUGUCCACUGCUUCCCGCCACUGAUUCACCCCUCCCUUGCAGUGCACGCACACUCCUAUCGACGGGAGAGCCUGCAGUCACAAACUGUGCAUAACCUCUAAAUUCUCCUGCUGAAAGGAAUCUGCAAAUGUGUCGCCAACAAGAGGAAGGCAGAAUGCUGCAUGCAGAGAUGCAUUCCAAUUGUUUUUUGCAGCAGACACCUGAUAUGGUGUCUGCUCAACAUUUCUAUUGAGUCUUCAAUUGACUUAAUGAAGAAUCCUUAGAACUCCCAGUACAAGGAGUAAUUAACAAUAAUUACAGUAACAUUUAUGAGUUGUUUCCUUGUUAGACUUGGACUUUUGAACAUGAGAGUAUUCAGUAAUUUUGUCUCUUGCAGUUUAGAAAGUUGACAACAAUCUUAAUAUUCUUUACAUCCAAAGAUGCAUUUCAUCGGGUAUUUUCAGCAGACACCUGAAGUGGUGAUCAUUCAACAUUUCCCUUGAGUUUUUAAUUGACUUGAUGAGGAAUCUUUUAAACUUCCAGUAGGUGGAGUAAUUAACAAUGAUUACAGUAACAUUUCGACGGUGUAAGUCGGCAAUCACCUAUCUCGUUUUCGGUGUCUGAAAACCUCCACCACUAUGUUAUUUUUUGAAGAACAAGUUGACAUCAUUCCUUGAAGUUUUUGCAGAAUUUUCUUUGCACAGAGAAGAAAAAUCAUGGCAGUUGUAAAGAAUUACUGUUGAGUAGUUGUCUGUUCAAGAAAUAAAGUAUGACAGGAAGUCAGCGACGUCGCAAACCGAGUUGUGUGAUUACCGACUUACACCCUCGAUUCAUGAGUUGUUUCCUCGUUGGACUCGGACUUAUUGAACAGGAGUGUAUCCUGUAAUUUUGUUUCUUGCAGUUCAGAAGAUGAAAAAAAA